AUGAGCAGCCGCUCUUCUGUGGACGAACUUGUGGUUCAUUUCCGCGGUUUGCGAAUUGCAGUCUCUGGGACUGCUGCUGCUCCGGGCCCGGAUUCGCCCGAACCCUCGCCGACUGGCUCCUUCACCUUGGUGGAGGCCCCUACUUCAAGCUCCCAGGCUGUUUCUGGACCCCUUGCUGGGGAAGCGCCGCCGCUUCCCGAGGAGCUCAACGCGCCUUCGGCUGCUGAGGAUUUUCUGGAAGCGACUUCUCCAGCGGAGCUGGAGGGAUUGCGUCUGGGCCCUUUCUGUCGGCUGGGCCGUGGGCUUGGUGUUGUGGGAUCUUGGACACAGCGGGCAAGGAUAGCUCGCGCCUAUCGCGCUGGCCUUUCUGCUGGCGCCAGACUGCGCGGUGAGCGGGACUGGAUCGUUUCAAGUCCGGCCCUGCCACUGCGGAAUCGGAUCUACAUUGUCCUCCGCUGCGAUUCUCAGCCCGAGGGCUUUGUGACAGAGCGCUUCAGGACUUUUGAGCUUUACGUGCGGCGCGAUCGGCAAGGUCGCUUGGAGCCGUGGUGUAUUUGCCACGGCUUUGCCUCUCGCUCGGAAGUCGUUCGUCUUCUGACGGACGCCCCUGCUGGGCGGCCGCUUCCUCUGGUGUACUUAGUCGACGACGACAGCUCUCCUCAGACCCGGAUCACAGCCUUCUUGCUGAAACACCGAGCUGGAGGUUUUAUGGUCGCGCUGCCCCACACUGCUCAGGUUCACGAGCUGGUCAGCGGUUUUUCCACAGAGGCUGGGGACACCCCACUGGGCUUCACCGAGGUCGACAUCGAUUGCGAGACUCCGCGUCGCAGGCCCGUCGGGGAGGUGAGCUUGAUUUUUGUGGACGUGCCGUGGGACUGGCUGAGCUACUUCAGGAAGGGGUCUGCUUUGAGGUCCAGUCCUUUGGCCUUGGUUUCCAUACAGUCUGGCGGCGCCGUGGUGCGUCCCGUGGCCUCUGCUGCCCUUACCGCGGCGGACGCUUGGAUCACCGCUGCAGCUGCAGAGCCGGAUCUGCAGGAGUCUAUGGCAGAGUACGCUACAGCCGCCGAGGGAGCCGAAGAGGCCGAGGAAUUCGAGGGCGACGAGGAGGACGAAGGCUCUCACGUUGCCGAGCUGCUCGAGGUUCGGCCGCCACUGGGCGGCGUGGUGCUCGCGACCUUUUUCCGGAUUGCUCAGCACGAGCGUGCACCCCGAGAGGCCGGCGUGGCCCAGGCGGAUGGAUUGCUCGCCGAGCUCGACGCCGAGGCUGCUCAGGACGAACUGGCCGUGACGGGGGCGGAUCCUUUGCUGCAACGUCUCUUGAUCAUUCAGACCCGGAUGCUGGGACAGUUGGCUGCUUCGAAACCGCAGGGGCCGCUCGAGAGUGCAUUGGCUUCCGGCGGGGGCAAAGAAGAAGGCAACUUGAAUGCGCGCGGCAGCGCGGCCAGGGACGCUUUCGUCAAGAUCCUCAAGGACCACUCUCAGGUGGCUUCUCAGAUCCGCCGGCUGGUGGCCGAAGAUGUGGGCGAGUCGAUCGAGGAUCCGCCCCACAGCCUUAUGCGGCGUUACAUCGAAAGGAGGUGCCCCCUGGGAGACCAUCGAACGCUCGGUCUCAUCGGGACCUUUGCAGCUCAGGCAUGGCAGGCUUCGAGAGAGUCCGGGAACCUGGAGCUCGAGGCAUGGAUGGCUCGAUUGAUCCUCUUCGUGGACCAGGCCGGGACCGAGAGUGGCAGAACGCAGCUAGCCUGGCUGCUCACUGGGCUCCCGGAACCGUCAUGGAGCACCAUGAUGCGAAAGAAGGCCGGCAUCAAGCCGUUUGCGAAAAGCUGCCCGUGGGCUUCGGCCAACUUAGCUUACCUUCGGGAGAUGGACUGGCUUGCGACUCGAAUGAACACGGGCCCGGGGAACACGAAGGAUCAGGGGAAGGACGGCGAGCUCGCCGAGGACGAUGCAGUUCCCGGCCGCCCGCCGAGAAGGCGAUUUGUGGCCGGUCCCGAUGCCCACACGGGCUCGAUGGACGGCUCAAUCCUCCUGCUCCCUUGGGCCACACCGCACUCUGUGGUUGACACGUUGGAGCGGCACUCCCUGCAUUUCUUGCGGGCCGGGCGCUUCAGUGCAUCUUCUUUGGGACGCAGUGCCGAAAAAUUUGACCUUUUAUUGCGCAUGGCCUUGGAACUGCCUCAGUGUGACACCCGUUGCCCUGUGGAUGUGGACCGCAUGCUCAGCCAAUUUGUUUCUGCAUUGCAUGCUGAUUGGGACUCGUACUCCCGGCCUCGUGCCCCCAAAGCUCCUCAAACUUCUGCAUCGUCUCAGGCUGCGGCUUCGGAAGAGGCCGGGGGUGGUGCUUCUGAAUCGGGUGCUCUUGGGUCGUGCGCUCUUGGGCCCGGGCUGUCGAGCAAGAAAGUGAUUGCUGACCGGAUUAAGUGGACCCUGCCGCCUAGCUUCGAUCCUCGGCCCUUCUUGUCGGAUCCGGCUGCUAGGAUGCUCUAUGAUGAUCCUAAUGCUUUCAGGCUGCCUGCUUCUGCUUGGCCACGCCUGCCUCGUGCACAGGUUCAUUGCUCCAGGAACGAAUUGCUCAAGCUUGCUGCCAAGUGGGACGAGCACCAGGCACUUCGGCUCGUUCCGUGUGAUCAAGUUCCAUUUCAUGAGACUGUGGGUUGCUUUAGUGUAAGCAAGGACAGUGCGUGUGAUAGGUUCAUCCUUAACCCUGUUGUGGCUAACUCCCGCACCCACGGCCUUAGUCAUUUCACAAAGCUUCUUGCACCUGGUGCUUUGCUAGCUUUGGCUCACUUGCCUUCCGAUAGGCACAUGCUCCGGUUCAAUUGUGACGAUCUUUCGGAAAUGUAUUACACGUUUCUAGUUUCUUCGAAAAGGGCUGAACGUAGCAGCCUUGGGAUUCCUUUCUCCCCUUGGGAACUUCAGCAUUUCAGCGUUUUCGAUUCAAAACUUCACAAUAAACCUUGCUAUGUCGCCCUCGGGGCCUUGGCUAUGGGUGACUGUCACGCUGUCGAAUUCGCACAGCAAAGCCACUUCAAUGUGUUAUCCACGCUCGCUUGCAGCAUGAGGCCUUAUGAGUAUGCCGCAUACAGGCGUCCGUAUCCCCGCAGUGCUUGCGCCGAACUCCUUGCCAUAGACGAUCAUCUUACAGCUCAGCUUUGCACUCGUGAGGAACACCGGCUUGGUCGCGAGCUCCGAGAUACUGCUAUCUUCAAUGGUGCCGAACGUGCUUAUCCUUCCGUGGGGCUUGUGCAACACCCGCGCAAACGGCAAAGGAAUGUAGUUGCUGGGACUUUUCUCGGCGCUGACAUUGAUGGCUUGGCGGGCCUUGUGUCUGCCCCUCGGCACCGCAUUGGAGUGCUUAUGAGGAUUACCUGUACCGUGGCUAGGAAGGGCUGCUGUUCGGCUGAUUUGCUGUCUUCGCUUUGGGGGCUUUGGAUCCACGUGCUUCUUUUCCGUCGCCCCGCUUUGGCGAUCUUGCAAGCCGUAUUUUCGGACGCUCGCCGGGAGCCUCGGACCUCUGUGUUUCAGCUGCAGCGGGAGUCCAUCAACGAGCUCUUUGCUUUGUGCGCCUUGGCGCCUUUGCUGCAAUCCGACUUGCGAGUCGAUUACCCCGGCCUCUUGUUCUGCAUGGAUGCUUCGCCUACGGGUGCCGGCUUGUGCUCUGCUGUGCUGCCUAGCGCGACAGUGAAAGAACUUUGGCGUUUUUCUGAGCAGAAAGGUUUCUACACCAAGUUGCUUGAGCCCGCUGGGGCUAUUCUUGCCAGCUCUGGUCUUGACGAUGAUCCCGGCAUCAGCUUUGCUUCUGCCUUGGGCCCCGCUACGGCCUCCGGUUUUGCCUUCGGUUUGGAGCCAUUGCCGCUCCGACCUGCUGUGCUCAAGACUGCUGGUUGUUUGCACCUUUUUGGCACCGGCCCUGGUUGGCGUGAUGCUCACCUCGCUGCUGGCCUUCAGGAUGUUUCGCUUCGCGACUUCGGCCUUACGGAGCAGCUCUGCUUUGCUGAUCUUGCCUCUGACGCGGUUUUUCACAGCUUGCGCGCUCUCUUCGCUGAGGGCGUCUUGUUUGACCUUCACCUGCCGGUCUUGAAAGUGCUUCUUCAGCUGCCCGCUUGGCUCGACGCUGUCUCCUUCGGUGUCUACUUCAGUGUUGAGCAGCCCCUUGAAAGCCGCUUGUUCCGGUUUCAUUGUUUUCGGAACCUUGUCGGCGUUGGUGCUGUUCUUUCCUACGUCUGCACCUGUGAUUUCGGCGCACCGUUCAAGCGAUCAGUCGCGCUGUUGCACAACAAGCCUUGGCUUGUGGGUUUAGGUCGCUCCCCCGGUGUCUGUCACUGCCCGGCGUCUUCGCCUCACUUCUCUGCUGUUGGCUUCUUUUGUUCAGCCAGCUUGCAAGAGUUUGAAGCUCGGUGCACUCCUUCAGCUCUGGCCGUCUUUGGUGAGUCGCCUGCCGUUGGCGAUUCGGUUGAGCUUUUCUGCGGUCGGCUGCCUUGUGCGCUGCUUUUCCGUGCAGCUUCAGGUUCGGCCUUAGCUACUCAAGGUUACAUCGCGCCUGUGCCGGCUUCUCUUUUCCUCGACACCCUUAGGGAUUUGGGGUUUUCCGGUUUAGGCCCCGACUUCUUGCCCUUUGACUGCACAGGCUUUGAGCCACGCCCUUUCCACGACGACCCGGAGUGGAUCGGCGAGCUGGCAGAUUGCUUGGAGUUUGUUGAGUUGCUGAGGUACAAGUUCGCUGCACCGGGGCACAUCAAUAUUCUUGAGUGCCGCGCUUACAAGACUUGGAUCAAGUGGUGUGCAAAGCGGCACCGCGGCUGUCGUCUGCUUGGUCUCAUCGACAGCCCUGUUCUCUUGGGGGCUGCGGCCAAAGGCCGCUCUGCCAGUGCGGCUGUCUGUCGCGUCCUCCGAUCCACCUUGCCUUACGUCAUCGGCUCUUCGCUGUACCCUGGGGGGCUCCACGUUUACUCUGCUAAGAAUCGUGCUGACGGCCCUUCUAGAGGCAGCCGCCCUUUGGCUCCUUCUAAAGCUUGGCCUUCCUGGCUCACUUCUCUGGUUUCGGGUGACACGCGCCCUUUUGACUUGGUUUGCGCUGCUGCUGCCGUCCCCCGUCGCCUGGGUCGUUGGGUGCGGUUGUUCCUUCUGCUUGCUGGCGACGUUGAGCGCAAUCCUGGCCCCAGGCACUCGGGCGCUCCCAGAGGCAGCCUCGACCUUGAAGCUGGCUUCGCUGCUUCGACCCGCCACAAGAUGGCUAAGGCUUUGAGCGCUUUCACUACCUGGCUCCUGGCCGAGUUUGGUUUGUCGCUUGGUGCGGUCACUUCGUCCGCUUCAACUGUUGCCCUAGCCUUGCGCGCUUUUGGUCUCCACCUUUACGCCGGCGGGCACCCGCGCUACUUGCUAGUGUAUGCGAUCACUUCAAUCCAGGAUCGUUUUCCAGAGUGGAUCGAAAGUGGCAGCUUGCCGAACUAUGUGAAUGCCGCCCCGUCAUUUCUCAACCUAUCCUCCAAGCUGCCGUCGGCCUUGCGAUCUGUUGGGGUUGGUAUGAUUGGGCCGCCGUCACUGCCGUCGGGUUCCUUUGCGCUCCAUCCUGCUGAGAUGAUCCCACUGGUCCGUCAAGACCUUGUCUUCCCAGCCGACGCCCUUACACGUGACCCGGUUGCUUAUGUGCACAUUCGCAACCCUAAAACGCAGCGGUUUGCAAGGCGCCAGCACUCUCGGCUGGAAGAUCCUUUGGUUCUUGAAUGGCUCCACGCCAUGUACUUCGACCUCCCUCUUCAUGCUCGCCUCUUUCGAGGUUCGAUGCAUGUUUACCGUCGUCAGUGGAACGCUGUAAUGUCGCGCCUCGGCGUCCCGCACCAGCUGGCGCAGCGCGGCGCUACACCUGGUGUCUUGAGAGGUUCAGGGGCCACUUUCCUUUACCUUGAGACGGAGGACUUGCCUCUUGUGGCCUGGAGAGGGCGGUGGAGCAAAACUAAGACAGUAGAGUUCUACUUGCAAGAGGUGGCGGCGCAGCUUCUGUUGCACAGGCUCACGCCUUGGUCUCGAGAGCGCAUACGCACGCUCUCUUCCUUUUCGCGAUGCUUGAUCCAACAAGUCAUCGCGUCUUGUGGCUUGCGCCAAGGAAGUUAG